AUGGAACAACAAUUCAAUAAUUUUAUUUCUAAUCAUACAAAAAGUUGUAUCAUUCCUAAGUUAGAUCCAUGGGAUUCUAGUAUAAAAAAAUAUAUUUAUAAUAUAAAAAAUUUUAAAUGUAAAAAUAUACAAGGUGAAUUAACAUAUUUAUAUGAUGGAAAAUUAAUGAUAAAUAAAAGUGAAUUAGAUAAUUUUGGAUUAGAUAUGAAUAAAUUAGCAUUUCAAUAUAGAUGUUUUUCACGUGGUAAUGAUGAUUUUACCUUAUCUUUUAAUGAAUGGAAAGAUUUUAAAAAUAAAACUAAAAUAAAUUGUGAAUUUAUGGAGGUAAGAGGAUUAAAGUCAUACUUUAAAUUAAAUAUAUACUCAAAUCAUCAUUAUCAAAUAAUUAAUAAUCAAAAAAAGAAAAUAAUUAAUUCAAAAAAACCAAGUGUUUUUAUCAUUGUACUUGAUUCAUUGUCUCAUUCAAAUUUUAUUCGUAAAUUACCAAAAACUUUAUCAGUAUUAAAAAAUGAUUAUCAAAGUAUUAUUUUUAAUGGAAUGACUAAAGUUGGUGAUAAUUCAUUUCCAAAUGCAGUAGCAUUUUUAACAGGUAAAAGAACAAUGACAUCUGGUUAUGAGGAUGAAAUAAAAAUAGAUAUAAAAAAAGAAUUUUUUGAUUCUGUACCAUUAAUAUGGAAUGAUUUUGGUAAAAAAAAUUAUACAACAUUGUAUGCCGAAGAUUAUACUGAUUAUAAUUUAUUUACCUAUCUUGCUAAUGGUUUUAAAAAUCAACCUACAACAUAUUAUUUAAGACCAUAUUGGUUAUCUAUAUAUAAAUCAUGGCUUAUUCAUAAAAGUAGUUAUUUAUGUUAUGGUAAUAAUAAAAUGCAUAACAUUCAACUUGGGUAUUUAGAAAAAUUUAUUCAAUUUUAUUCUAAUUUAACUCCAUUAUUUUCAUUGACAUGGUUUACAGAGAUAAGUCAUGAUUAUAUUAAUCAAAUAGAAAUAGCUGAUGAAGAUUUUGAGGGAUUUCUUAAAAGAAAUAUAAAAAAUUUAGAAAAUAGUUUUCUUUUUAUACUUGGUGAUCAUGGACAUAGAUUUGAUGAGAUAAGAAAAACACCUAUUGGUAGAAUGGAGGAACGUUUACCAUUCUUUAGUUUAUCAAUACCAAAAAAAUUAAGAGAAAAAAGAAAAGAUAUAUUAAAUAUAGUUAAAAAAAAUUCUAAUAUUCUUACAUCAUUUUGGGAUUUUUAUGUAACAUUAAAAGAUAUAUUAAAUAUGGGUAAUAUCAAUUCAUUUGAACAUAAUCAUAAUUCAAUAAAAGGCCUUUAUAAUAUACGGGGUGAGAGUUUGUUAAGAAAAAUUAAUGAAAAUAGAAAUUGUAUGGAUGCUGGUAUACCUGAUGAAUUUUGUCCCUGUCAAAAGGAGAUUCCAUUAUCAAUAGAUGAUGAGAGAAAUAAAAUUUUACCAAAUAUUUUUAUUAAUUAUUUAAAUAAUUUUUUAUAUAAUAGUACAAAUUUAUGUGAAAAAUUAAAAAUUAAAGAAGUUAAUGGUAUUGAAAUGAUUUUACCAUCAACAGAGAUGGAUGAAUCAUUUCUUUCAAAAUUAUUUUAUUCAUUUAAAAAUAAUAAUAAAAUAACAACAAUAAAAAGAGUAUAUCGUGUCACAAUACAAACAUCUCCUGGUGAUGGAAUAUUUGAAGGAAUACUUCUACCUAACUCAUCAUCAUCAUAUAAAAUUUAUGGAAAUAUUAAUAGAAUUAAUAAAUAUGGAAAUAGUUCUUAUUGUGUUAAUAAUCAAAUUUUAAAAAAAAUUUGUUUUUGUAAAAAUUUAAAAUAA